AUGCUGCAAGAAGCACGUUCAAGUGCAGCAAGUGAUUCGGUUCCUUCGCCAACUGGACAGCCUGUUGCGAACCCUGCCCAUGCUAGUAUAGCUCCUGUCGACGACGAUCGCAAUGACCUCGGUGGUCUACCCUCUAUCAUCGGCACUCUGAGCUUGAACGCAGCGGGAGCAGAGCCUAGCUAUCUAGGACCAUCCUCUACGUUUGCUUUUGCGCGCUUUAUAAAACCAUCGCUUCGACAGGCAGUAUCUUCGCUGUCACCCAGCCUCUCCAGGCCGGAUGCAGAUACCCAUGGCGCAAUCCCGGAGCCAUGUCCGCUGCCAGACUACCGCACGGCCGUCAUACUAAGUAACGCAUACUUUCAGAACAUUCAUCCCCAGUACCCGUUCCUACAUGAGCCAACUUUCCGCACGUGGGAGGCUGCAAUGGAGGAUCCUUUCGAGGGGAUCAGUAGGUUCGCCUACGACCCUGUACCUCUAUAUUUUCUGAACAUGGUCUACGCCAUUGGAGCUAUUCUACUACCCAGCACCGGAUAUUCGGCGGAGCAACUGAAGCUAGGCGGACAAGCGUUACGCCAAUGCGUGAAUCUCGGCUAUCAUCGUAGUCAGAGGAGGUUGAGGUCUACUCUCAAUCCACUACAACAGGAGAUGCAAAAGAGGGCGUUCUGGAGUGCGUAUGUGAUGGAGUGCUCGGCUGCUGUUAUGCUAGGACGACCAUUGAGUCUUCAUUUCCGAGAAAUUGACGCGGAGCUUCCUUUGGACAUCGAGGAAACCUUUCCCUCGCAAACAGGCAUCUGCAGCUCUCCGCGGUCUUCGCCAACCGAACCCCCCACGAUGAUGACCCACGCUAUCCACGGCUUCCGAAUCCGCAGUCUUCUCGGGUGCAUCCAGACGGCCCUUUACUCCGACAUUACCCUCCAAGAUCCCGAAAUUCGCAAAGCCCGUGUGCAAGAGCUAUCAGCCAAUCUCGAGAAGUGGCAUGCCGAGUGCCCUACUCCAAUGAUUCCGCCUGAAGGCGGCGCUCUCUCAUACUUCGUUACCCCGGACUGGUACGAGACGAACUACAAUUACGCCGUAUUGCAGCUUUAUCGCAUCCAGAUCACCGACAACAAGGAUCCAGCAUCUGAUGAGAUCUUCUUGAAAUGUCUGUACGCCGCCAAGGCCGUUUGUCACAGCUACCGUCGCCAAUCCAUCGGCAAGCCAGUCACCUAUACAUGGAGUGCCUUGCACGAGCUGUUCCUCGCGGGCCUGACAUAUCUAUACUGUCUGUGGACGUCCCCGACUGCCCGGGAAGUUUCUCGUCAUGACCAGGUCAGUAGUACCUGCAUGGACUGUACGAUGGUCCUUGUGAUUCUGGCGGAACGAUGGCCUGAUGCGGCGCCGUAUCGGGAUGUUUUUGACGCACUGGCUAGCCGCACUAUGACUAUGAUGGCGGACUUGCAGCAGGAUAAUCAAGUCGCCCCGACGGCGCUGAUUCCUGGCAAAGAUACGUAUCCGGAACAGUUGCCGCAGUGGGUGGCUGGGAUCUCGGAUGGUCUUUCUGCUGGGGUGGAUUGGUUGUUGGGGGAGUUGAUAAAUUAUGGUCCUAUUCUGCAGCAAUGUGCCGAUGGCGAGAGAUGGUCUGGGUAG